AUGGACGACGCGGAGCCGCACACGGUGUGCCUCACGUUUCAGGAGCAGGAUUUUUGUGUAUUUCCGUCCGCGAGUGACCAAGGACCUACCGUGUAUGUGGAAGAGACGAACGACGACGACGAGCGCAUCUUGGUGGGCGUGCCUGCCCCUGCUCUGCCGAUAGAUCGCUCCUUGUUUUGGGAGCCCCUGGAUGCAGUGUUUGGUGCUUUACGUGUCGCUCAUGUCUUGGGUGAGUUUUUGGAGGAGGGCACGGAGCUUUGCAUCGCCUUUCCGGACCUCGAUUUAGUCCUACGCGAAGACAACGUCUAUGCGCGCGACAUUUCUCUGCAAGACAUCUCGCAACUCGCGCUUGGAUUUGAGUGUCAUGGCAGUCUGCGCUUAGUCGUGACAGAGGAGCCGCGCUUUAUCUCGCGCUAUAAUGAGCUGGCCACUGCGUUGGGUAGCGAAGAGUCGGAAGAGGAUGCCCAGGAUGAAGAGGCCGGUGAAGAGGACGAGGGGGCGGAUAAAGAGGACGAGGUGGCCGGUGAAGACGAUGAGGAGGAGGAUAAAGAGGAUGAGGAAGUGGAAAGAGGGAUCGAGGAGGCGGGUAAAGAGGACGAGGAGGCCGAUGAAGACGACGAUGAGGAGGAUAUAGAGGUUGAGGAGGUGGAAAGGGGGAUCGAGGAGGCGGAUAAAGAGGACGAGGAGGCCGGUCAAGAAGGUGAGGAGGCCGAAGAAGGUGAAGAGGCCGGUGACGAAGGCGAGGAGGCCGGUGACGAAGGUGAAGAGGCCGGUGAUAAAGGCGAGGAGGCCGAUGACGACGUGCCAGGCAAAGAAACCGAUCAUGACACGCGUGAAUCGAAUGAGCAGGCCCAUAAUGCGGCGCCUAUGCGGGACGAUGCCCUCGACGCGAUGCAUGCCCUGGACGAGGAGGCUCCGAAAGACGUGCCGAGCCAGGACGGCGAUGAAACAGUGCCCAGCAAGGAGCCCAAUGAUGCGAUGCAUGCCUUGGUCGAGGAGGCCGAUCAUGCGGCACAUGUCUCGAGCCAAGUCCAAGAUGUGGUGCAUGCCCUGGACGAGGAAGUCGACCAUGAUGCCCACGAUACCCAGGCCGAUGACGCCCCAGAUGCUGAUCCAGAUACCAUCGCGGACCAAGACAUCGUCCAGCCGCACGAUGAGGACGCUGGCACCGAGCACGCCGACUACGAUGAGCCUGUCGAUCCCGAGGUAGCACCCACCACCCGCAUCCCGCGUGGCAACGAAGCGAGCGACACGGAACAGGCCACAGAGACGGCAUUCGAUGCCGAGACGGCCUCCUACGAGCAAGCGGACAUCGCUACGUACGAAGACGAGCCCCUCAAACGCAGCGCUGAGCCCUCUGUCUUGUCCUCCCCCAAACGCCCCAAAACAUCGUAA